AUGCAUACGUUUCUCACGGAACAUCAGAGCAUGUACAAUCGUUACAACACUGGAUAUUCUUCGUCUACAGUGGCCAGCAAUCCUUAUUAUGACCAGUAUCGUUAUGGUUAUGCCGCAGCAUGGCAUCAUCAACAACAUCCUUUGGCUUCUGCCAAGGAUAUGGUGAAACCUCCUUAUUCUUAUAUUGCUCUAAUUGCUAUGGCUAUUCAAAACGCGCAAGACAAAAAGAUAACUUUGAACGGCAUUUAUCAAUUUAUAAUGGAAAGAUUUCCUUAUUAUCGUGAAAAUAAACAGGGCUGGCAAAACUCUAUAAGACACAAUUUGAGUUUAAACGAGUGCUUCGUUAAAGUUCCAAGAGAUGACAAAAAACCUGGCAAAGGUAGUUAUUGGACUUUGGAUCCAGACUCCUACAAUAUGUUCGACAAUGGCUCCUACUUGCGACGGAGAAGGCGCUUCAAGAAAAAAGACGCCUUAAGAGAAAAAGAAGAACAAGUUAAAAGGCAGCAAAUACAUCCAGAUUCUCCAUCUAAACGUGAAGACCAUAAACCUUUGGAAGAAGUGAAAAUGAAACUGGGUGAGUGCAAACCGAAACGGGAGCCCAACACUGAACUCAGUCAAUGCAUGAGUGCUAAAUAUGGCGAUCCAAAAAGUGUCAUAGUGCAUCAAGAACACGUGUUAAGUGACGUGACUGCUUCAUUACAAGCCAUGGAUACUGCUGCAGCUUUUACAGUUGACUCGUUAAUGACGGCCAGUAGAGAUCAGGCUUUAUCCUACACCAACUCAACUAGGCUACAUUCCUCAGGAGGUAUGUACUCUUACUGUCCCAGUGCUACACCUCAACACCAAUACAACUUGGCCGAUGAAGCAACUCCGCGCUACAGUCCUUGGUACAGCCCGGAAACUUCUCCAGAGAGUGCUACAACUACACCUACGGGGUAUCGUGAUAUUAUUUUUGACGGUACCACAGCGCCUAGUUGUCAGCUGGCUAGUUUUCGGCAUUCGGGAGUUUCUUCUAGUCCACCGCAUAACUAUAGAAGUGCUCCAGUUACUCCAUACUAUCAAACGGACUGUGUAGCGCAGAAAUACUGA